GAAGUUACAGCAGAAGGCUCCGCAGCAACCUAAGCAGAAGAAAUCCAAGUCGGCUGAAUUUCUGAUGGGUGAGUCCUGCUUGAUGAGUUAUUGCUCAUAAUUUGUGUAAGGAUUAAUUAACUAAUUACAGACAAAUGGCUUUGGGCUAAAUUUUGCUCUUGCUUGUCAGGGCGCAAUUUGUAAUUAUUUUAAUCAUUUCUUCUUCUUCUUCUUCUGCCUUCCCCACCCCCUCCUCUUCCUGCAAGAUUCUGAUUUAAUUUGAACCUAAUUGUGUUUUAGUGUCAACCGAGGAGGAUGCGUGAGAACGUUGUGGGGGCAGACAACUCAGCAACGGCAAUAUUUUGCCUCCAAAGAUGCUUUGUUUUACAAUGGGCCCGUUUGACCCGACGCCCGCAUCCCUCCUUCGUGUCUCUCUGUGUAUUUUUAUUGAUAUUUCCGCUUAUUUUGUCAGCGAGAGUAGAUGCGGCGGGCAUGGAAAACCCAGCCUUCGACGCAGGAGGAAGCGCCGAGCCUUCCCUUCUUCCCGUUUGGCCGCCGAGAGAAAUUCAAGGAAAUGAAUCUGCCCGAAACGACUUUGACCCGAUCUCGGCGGAGCAGACGGACUCCAGGCGUGGCGGCGUGGCCGCGGUCUGCUGCCAAGAUGAGCUCGAAUUAAGUAUGCCGUCCGCCAUCAUCAUAGUUCGCCUCGGUCCAUUAAAGGGAGGUGAGAGAGAUCACCAUUGGCGAGGCUCGGCCCAGUCUAUGUAAAUACGCCACAUGAUGGUGUCGCUAGAUUGGCUCCCCGACUUCACUGUCAUUGAUGAAGGUCACGUAUCAUUGGUCAGUUUUCCGCAUUCCGCUUCUAUUCGCCCCGCGUCCGUUGUCGCUUUUGACUCGAUAGUUCGCAGCGCCCCCCCCCCCCCCACCAGGCCUAUUAAAAGUGAGCUCCUGGGAGCCGAGUAAUAUGGCGGUUAUAAUGAAACGUGGCUAUUAAUGGAGAAGUCAUUUCACCUGUAUCUUUCGGAUAUCACUGCCGUGUAAUAUCAAAGGAUUCACGAAGGCAAAUCUCAUCACCUGAUGACAGGCCGGCUAACGGGCAAGUUAACGCUCCCGCGUCUUCACCUGACUGCGCGUGCUCCAUUUUGGCCCGUCCUCGUCCGGGCUCAUAUCAAUCAUUCACAAGUCGAUAUUUGCUGUGGAUCGACGUGCCCGAUAAGUCGGAAAGGAUUUUGAAGCACGCUUCUGUAGGUCGUCUCUUUUUUGUUUUGUAAUCGUUGUUAUGUAUUUGCAGCAACAUUAAAAGCCGCCGGAAAUGGACUGCAAGAGCGAAGGAUGGUCGGGUUGUUGGAUGAAGAAGACACCUGCAUUGACAUGCCCGUCAAGACUUCCGAGGAGGUGGUCGCUCGCCGCGCUCGGCCGGCGAGGGAACGCGCGCGAGCUGACAUGAUUACGCUUGGCAGCCUUUCACUGCAGCAGGCGCCCGCGAAGAUGAGCGAGUGGGCAAAGAUGAAGAGAAGGCUGAUGGACGUCUUCGAUGGGAGUGGAAAAGCGCCUCGUCCCAAAAGCCACCGCGAGGAGGCCGCACGCACCCAAUCCAGAUUAACCACCAUCGGCCACUGGAGCAAUACCCCGGACAGCCCGCGAGAAGGCCAGGAAGCCACGCCCACGUACGGAGAGACGACGGAACUCCCACAAUCCUCCUCGACGCAGCCAAGUGCAGCUCCUCAGCCCGUGGAGGUGUGUGUGCGUUGUCUCAGGGCCACCAGAGACAAGCUUCCCAGGGGCCUUUACAGUGUCAGCGUGGCCCUUCACAGCCGUCUCGGGGGUCCGUCUCUCGCCUGGAAUCGUGAGAGAGGGCGGCAAGAAGGGAUGGCAUCCACUGACCCGAUUGAACACCAGGGCUGCUUCUACGACACAACCCUGCACAUCAACCAGAAUCUCUUCAUGAUCUUCCCCCCCGCCUGUGAGAUCCUCCCUUGCAUGGUCCUCAUCUUCCGACUGACGGCAUCGCCGGGACAAAGCGGCUACAUGAAGUCUGUUCCGGCUUGGGGGGCGUUUCCCAUCUGCGGACCGAGCCUUGGCCUGCUUCACGGCAGGUACAAAACUCCACUGCUCAGAGGGGAGCCCAGCACGCAAGUGGACCAGUUUCAGAAAAUCGAAGCGCUCAUCUCCUCUGAUCUGGAUAACUGGCUGUGCAAUCUGUACUUCCAGAUCAGGAAACUCCCAUUAGGCGCAUCCGGGUCACCGGAGUGCCCCGUCGCCCGACGGAUGCCGCCUUUACGCACCCCUGCGAUGCUCCAGCCCGCCGUCCGGCACGACCGACCGCCGGGUCGGGCUCCCUCCGGGUCCAAACCCGAUCCACAGCCGACGCAUCCGCAGUUGAACCCGCUCCACGCCGGCCCCAGCGGUGGGGCGGGAGAACGCGCCGGGAUGCGCUCCCCCCGGGGCUCUCCCCUGCACCUGUCAGCGGAUUCCGCUUGCUCUUCCUCAUCUCUGCCAGGGAAGGCUCCUUGUCCAGGAGGCAUUUCUGGCAACGUGGGAGCAAAGAGUCAACUUGGGAGGGAGAAGGAAGAGGGUGGUCCAGGAGACAUUUCUGGCAACGUGGGAGGAAAGAGUCAACUUGGGAGGGAGAAGGAAGAGGGUGGCAUCCACUGGAAGAAGAAGCCAAUCAAGAAGACAAAUAGCCGCCGCCCCAGCGUGAGCGGCGGCGGCGUCGGCGGCGGCGCAGGCAAGCGCGAGACGCAGCCUUCAGUGCACAACCUCGACAUGGAGGAGCUGGAGGAGUACACCUUCUCCCUGCUGCCUCUACAGAACUCGGUCCGUUCUGCUCAGCUGUUCAAGCCAGCCCACUUGGUCCUUCGCAUACUGCCAUCCGAGCUGGGCCUUGCGUUGCUGCGGCAACAGCUCCACCACCACCACCACCACCACCACCGCCACCAACAACAACCAUGUGGUUGCCGGCGGGUCUGCGCUUUGCAGCUCAGCCUCAUUAUGCUGCUGCUGGCUUUGAUGUGGUUUGUGAGGCUCUACCUGCAUUACUGCAGCCAGUGGCUCUACCUCCAGGCCAUUGCAGUUCCUGUCAACAAAUUCCGAUUCCACGCUUACACGGUGGACCUCGUGUACCAGAGUUCUUUGCUUCACACCCGCGAGGAGCUGGUCAUGGUGGCGGUGGGUCCCCUGACCUUGAACGCAGUCACGUUCCUGCUGGUUCUGAUCAGAUGUGGCUGUCAACAGAUAUUUGGCUCACUCCCUUCCUUCACGUCAAAGUUGAUCAUGGCUCAGGGAGUGUGGACAGUCCUGCACCCCCUGGCAGUCCUUGCAGUGGACGCCGUCCUCGGGCGUCUCUCCUACGACCCGGACAGACCGGUGGGGGACGCCGCCAAGCUAUUCUGGCACUUCCAAAGAGUCGAUCGGUCGGGUGCAGCCGGGGUGGCCAUCACCGUCUUCCUUUAUGCAGUCAUCUUUCUCUUGUCGCUCACCAUCCUUGGCGUUUAUCUGCUCAGAUUUCACAACAAUGGCCGCAUGCUGGACAUCUUCCAGAGGCUCACCGCCAAGGAGGGAACUUACUUCCUACCUCGGGACUUGGAGCUGUCCAAUCAGGAGCUGAGCUACAUCGUCAAGAAGGCGGAGCAAUGGAGGGGCUUUCACGGCGAGAGGCGCAAGGUGACAGUCUAUGACUACAUGUGGACAGCAGAGAACCCGUCGGCCGCUGACGCAACCCCCACGGAUGAGCGGCAUCAGGAGCCCUCUCCCUUGCCACAGGGAGAGACCAGCACCCACGUAGCCAUCCACACGCUCUACGUCGGCGGGCUCAAGCAAAGAUAUCGGCAUUUCCUCCGGCGGCCGGACGGGGCCAUCGUUGAGGUGAUCGGUGACCUGGAGGGCUUGGACCGUGCAACCAGAACGGCGCCUCGUGCAGGCCAGCGAUCAGAGCCUUGGACGGUGGGCCGGGAGGGCUCGGGCGUCACCCGCCAGCUACGGAAAAGAAAGAAGCUUUUUGGACGGUGUCCUCGUGUUGAGCCAGUAGGAGGAAGCAGGUGUGACUCCGCUUAAGAACAAGACCUCAACCAAUGAGAGUGAAGCAAAGGGUUUGGACACCAAACUGUUGUCUUGUCACUUUCACAACUGUCAUUUUGACUCGGGGUUUGAGGUCGACGUUGAGCUUUUAUCAGUCUUUCACCAAUCUUGCCAGCCCUCCCACAGACACACACAUUAGCCCUUAAGUCAUGCCUUUGUCACAUCUCGGCCCGGUGACCGUCACGCACUGAACGUUGGAGUCAGCCAGUCCUCCAUGAAGCGUCUCCAGUCGGUCCAGAAUGCUGCUGCUCACCUCUCGACUGGUACUCGCAUCACACUCCUGCUCUGGCACCCCUUCACCGGCUCAUUUCAGAGUUCGUUUGCUGGAGAUCCUCUGAUUGGUUUUCCAAUCUUGAAAUGGCCCGGCCCCACCUCGCCUCUCCGAGCUCCUCUGCGCCCGCCCGGUGCCUCGGGUCUGCGGACCAGACACUCUUAAGAGGUACCGUGAACUAAGCGCAGGCUCCGAGGGGAUGGAGCCUUUCCCGUUGCCGCUCCCUCUCUUUGGAAUGAACUUUUGACCAGCCCCCACAGUGCCCAUCUUAAA